ACUGUCAGCUUUUCCUUUUCGUAUGUGAUUGUUUUGUAGACCAUGUGAGAAUUAUUUAAAAACAGCUUUAAGCAUAAUUUAAUUCUUUAUUACGUUGAUCAUUUAAAGUGUAUCGAAAAUGGAAGUGCAAAACAUAAACGUCGAUGACUUUUUGCCCGCAAAAAAGACUGUAAAGUUGAAGAAUGUGAAACGGCGAGCUGUUUCGGAAUCUGGUGAUGGAAUGGAGGUGGAAGAGCAUAAUGGUAUACAAGGCAAACCGAAACUUUCAAAACCUAAAGCUAAAAGAGUUAAAAAGAAUGCCGAACCGAAUGAGAGCAAAGUAAAUAUGAGAAAAGUACCUGUUCCUGCACACAGAUAUACACCUUUAAAAGAGAAUUGGUUAAAGAUUUUCACACCAAUAGUAGAACAUCUCUUGCUACAAGUGAGAUUCAACACAAAAACAAGAAAUGUUGAAAUCAGAGUUGGUCCUGAAACUAAAGAUAUAGCUAAUCUACAAAAAGCUGCUGAUUUUGUUAAGGCAUUUAUUUACGGCUUUGAUGUUGAAGAUGCAUUAGCUUUACUGCGACUCGACGAUCUAUUUGUUGAGUCUUUUGAAGUCAAAGAUGUAAAGACAUUACAAGGAGAUCAUUUGGGUCGUGCGAUAGGUAGAUUAGCAGGCAAAGCUGGCAGGACAAAGUUCACCAUAGAGAAUGUUACUAAAACGAGAAUAGUGUUGGCGGAUUCAAAAAUUCACAUCCUAGGCAGUUAUCAGAAUAUAGCGCUGGCGAGAAGAGCUAUAUGUAACCUUAUUAUGGGAUCACCUCCUUCCAAAGUUUAUGGUACAUUAAGAAAUGUUGCUAAUAGAGUUGCUGAGAGGUUUUAGUUGUAAAUAAAAUGAUUGUCUAUUCAA